UCCACUAUCAACUUACAAUAUUUGGUGGAAGCAACUAUUGGGUGUUGGUCAGAUGAAAUAGAUGAAGGAUUUAAUUUAGACAUGUUUCCUCCGUCACUUUUGGUAAAAAAUACGAGUAUAUCAUCUAUAAAAAGGAAGAUAGAGAUGGCGGCUGCAGAAAGGCAGACUACAGUGAAACAGGCCAAAAUUCCACAAAGAAGAACAAAGUAUCCAGAUAUUAGCAAUAACAAUUAUUCAUUUAAUGCAAACGUAUAA